GCCGAGAGUUCAUUUACUGAGGAAAUGCUCUUGGGGAAUAUUCAAACGCUAUAUAAAGUAGGAACCGAAACAAUUCGAAUAGCUAUUGCUUGGUCUCUUUUAACAAUGGCACACUAUCAGGAAGUCCAGAAGAAAGUCCAAAAGGAGAUAGAUUCAGUCAUAGGAAAAGAUAGUUUUCCUUCAUGGACCGAUCAUUGGAAAACUCCAUAUACAGUAUCGGUAAUGAUGGAAAUCCAGAGAUGGAAAACUACUGUCCCAUUUAAUCUAUUAAGAUAUGCUCUGAAAGAUACAACUCUUCAAGGUUAUCAGAUUCCCGAAGGAACUAAUAUUUUGAUAAACUUAUGGAGUGUUCAUAACGAUGAUGCUCAUUGGAAAAAUCCAAAUAAGUUCUUCCCCGAAAGAUUUUUAAAUAAAGAAACAGAUUACGUAAAGAACGAGGAUGCUUUCAUGCCUUUCUCAAUAGGAAAGAGAUCGUGUCCAGCAAAAUCUUUAGCAAAAGUAGAAUUAUAUCUUUAUUUUACUUACAUAUUACAACGAUACAAAGUGUCGUUUCCAGAAGGAUUCAGUCAUGAUUUAGAUGGUAUAACUGGAGUAUUUUAUCGGCCGAAGCCAUACAAAUUAUGUUUUACUAGAAGAUAAACAUGGCAAAAUUUCUCAUUAUUUUAUCAUUGAUAAAUAUGAAUUUAUGAGAUUAAUAUCGAUUUGUGGUAUAUUGUGGAAAGUGCAAGAAUCGCGAUUUUUUUAAAUAUUAGAAUAGAAAAUUGUAUAGUUUUAGAUAUAGACUAUUAUUGUAAAUCAUUUCAAUUUUGUGAUAAUGCAUUUUUUCACAAAAAGUAUAACUGCUUUAUGUAUAAAAGUGUUCAUUUAUUGAUCAAAUAUACAUUGUAAAUCAUAUGUAAUGUAUGCAUAUUUAGAAUUUUGAUACUUUCAUAAUUGAAAAUAAAGAUUUAAAAAGUAUUACAAAAAGGGUUUAAUUUUUAUAUCAAUUUCUAACAUUCCAUUGUUACAUAUUCUUUUGAUACCUACAGUAUUCCAUUAGUAUCAACAGGUAUCAAAGAAGCUUUCAACCAAAAACUGAUUUGCCUUUUUCAAUUGCUUUCAUACCAAAAUUUUUUACGCUUUCUUGUAAUCCACCAUCGGUAAAAAAAUUCGAGAUAUUUUUCCACCAAUCUUCUCCUUUCUCCAUUGUUAUUUCUUUGAAUUUUUCCACUGCUUUCAUGGCCUGAUCGACUUUUUCUUG